AGUACAUUAAAUGAAUUGAAAAACCUCUUCUAAAUUCUCUAUUCGGGCGAAGCAUAAUAUAUUGCGGUACCAAGUAUGAAGUACUUCGUAUGAUUUAUGCGUGCAUUUAUGGAUACUCAUAAUUAUCAAAGCAGCUCAAUAAAUCCAUCAUCUUCAUCCCCUAGUAAUUAAAGCACUACUACUACGAUUCUCCGAAGUAUAGAGCUAGUCCUAAAAAUUAAACCCCCCACCAGGCCAUUCUCAUUCACUCAUUCACUUCCAUAUUACAAGUUUCAAUUCUCAUUCAGUCUUCAGUUUUCCAGCCUUCCAAAUUUCGUCAAUUAAUUUGGCUUGAUCGAAUGGAGAUGUCAACAAUAAUGUUCUACUGGUUCCUUCUUUGUGCUGCUCUGAUUGUUGACCCAUCAAAGGCUGACAAAAAUGUUACCAAGACUUUGAUACCGAGCGCCGUUGCUGAAGGAGCCGUGUGUUUGGACGGAAGCCCGCCCGCGUACCAUUACGAUGCAGGCAAAGGUUCCGGUGCACGUAACUGGCUGGUCAUCUGGGAGGAGGAGGGUGGUGUUUAAACAGCACCAUAUACCAAAAUAUGACGAAUGCCAUCGCCGAAAACUGCACUAAGCGUGCCACAACCAAAUUGGGAUCUUCUUUCCUCAUGCCUGAUUUCCUGUUUGAAGGGAUAUUCUCUGAUGAAAAAAAUCAGUCGUAUUUUUACAAUUGGAACCGUGUCGUCGUGGGAUACUGUGAUGGCGGUUCAUUCUCAGGAGAUGUGGAUCAACCCGAUCCAGCAACAAAGCUUUUCUACAGAGGCGCUCGGAUUUACAGAGCUGUCAUGAAUGAGUUAAUGGCCAAAGGCAUGAAAGAUGCCGAAAAUGUGAUCCUGGCCGGAGGUUCCGCCGGUGGAAUAGGUGCCAUGAUCCAUUGCGAUCAUUUUAGAAGCCUAUUUCACCCGGCUGUGAACGUAAAGUGUUAUAUUGAUAGCUCUUUGUUCUUAAAACUGAAGGAUCCCAAGCGUGCCAUGUUUUUCAAGACUAUAUUUGGCACGGUUGUUGAACUACAGCAAAGCGCCAAGGCAUUGCCGGCAGAAUGCACAUCGGAACGAAGGCCAUCAGCGUGCUUCUUUCCAAAAACAUUGGUGAAGUACAUAAAAACACCCAUAUACCUUCUGAAUUCGGCAUUUGAUUCAUAUCAGAUACGAAACAUGUUUUCUGAGGGCUUACACGAUCAGAUAAUGAAUCAUACCGUUACUCCAAGUGAUAUGGAAUUGUUAAAAGAUUUCAGGCAACAGAUAAUAAAGGCGUUGCCUACCCCAUCGCCCACUAAUGGGUACUUGGUAACUUCACAGUUUGGCCAUUCCUUCGGUCUGAAAGGGUUGAAGAAACCCAUGUUUCCCCAAAACAAAACGUCAAAGACAAUGGAGAAGGUGAUGGUCGAGUGGUUCUUUGGUGAAAAAAGUAUCCACAUUAUUGAUCCAAACGAUGAGCCAUUCUGGAAUGCUACAUUAUCUCAUUGAAUGAUUCUAUGGAUUGUUUCAAUUCUCAUCUCUAUUAAGAUUACUUGAUCAAUGUUACAUUAAUUACCUCUGUAGCUACUUUUCUUUUUAAUUAUAGCUUUUUAAAUUUCUCAUCAAUGUUACGUACGAGUUACCUCUUAGUAGCUACUUUAGUUUAUUCAUAUAUUUUGU